AAACGUCCGUAAGUGGGAAGUUUAUUUCUUAUUUUUAGGUUUUGUCAUUUUUGUGCUUCAAUUUUAUGCAAUUAUCUUAACUACCAGGCAUAUUUAAGGCUUAGUGGCUAACGCUCAAUUGCUAACCAAAAGCCCCCCCACAUUUUGCAAGUGCAAGAGCUGUUUUGCUGAGAAGCAAAGCGCAUCAUGUCGGGCACUUUUUACUUCGUCAUGGUUGGUCAUCAUGAUAACCCAGUGUUCGAGAUGGAGUUCUUACCAUCGGGGAAGCCCGAGUCUAAGGAUGACCACCGUCACUUAAACCAGUUUAUUGCACACGCCGCUCUGGAUCUGGUGGAUGAAAACAUGUGGCUGUCCAACAACAUGUACUUGAAAACUGUAGACAAGUUCAACGAGUGGUUUGUUUCUGCAUUUGUCACCGCGGGACAUAUAAGAUUCAUCAUGCUCCACGAUGUGCGGCAAGAAGACGGAAUCAAGAACUUUUUUAAUGACGUGUACGAUUUAUACAUUAAGUUUGCCAUGAAUCCGUUCUAUGAGACCAACGCCCCAAUACGCUCCACAGCUUUUGAGAGGAAAGUGCAGUUUCUUGGAAAGAAACACCUCCUUAAUUAAGACACAAUCACUUGAAUAAUUAAUGCAAGUUCGCUGUCUGUGUAUGUUGUCCCAUUGCGAAAUGUCAAAUGUAAUAGAACAACCUUGUUUGUAAAGCAUUUUUUCUUGAUUUUCUUGAAUUAUGUUUGUCAUUUGUUACCAAAAACUAUCAAGUAAGAUAUCAGUUAUUUCUGGUAGGAUAAAUGUCCGCCUUACAGUCAGGAGAUUAAAGAUCUGAAUCCUCA